AUGAUUUCCAACAUUUUCAAGACAGCGCUUUUGCUGCUCUCCCUAUGUCUCAUGGUUCAUGCCCAGUCUGGCAUGACCGUGUAUGGCUGCACGAGGGCCAACUUUCAAGGCACCUGCCAAUCAUUUACUUGCCCAUACCAAGAAUGCUGCCAGCUGCCGAGCUUCUUUCAGACGAGCCUCGUGUCGGUCAAGUCCACUGGGCCGUAUAAUUUCCGUCUUUUUACGGAUGCGGGAUGCGCUCUCCACUGCAAUGACAAUGAUAAUGGGAGUCGACAUGUCGAUUCGGCAGGGUGGGGGAACAUUGGUGCGGCGGCGUAUGCGUGCAUCGACGGGCCGUACUAG